CCUGAAAUACCUAGCUUCGGUUUAAAAUCAUACUUUUUCAAAUUCGUUUAUUAAAUUCAUUCGCUUCAUUUUAAAAAUGUCCGAAAAAGUAACUGUCACCGUGAAUGAAGGAAAAAUUCGUGGUUUAAAAACGAAAACUGCGUAUUCUGGCACGGAAUAUUACAGCUUCUUAGGAGUGCCAUAUGGUCAAUCACCCGCUGGUGUGGGCCGCUUCAAGGAUCCUGUCAAGGUUAAACCAUGGAACAGUAUUUUAGAUGCAACGGUCGCAAAAGAAGGUUGUUAUCAAUUCUCGUUGAUGAAAAAAUGCAUUGUAGGUUCGGAAGAUUGCUUGUACAACAAUAUUUAUACACCAAAGCUACCAUCAGAAGGAGAUUCUUUAAAAGCAGUUAUAGUGAGCAUACAUCCUGGAGGCAUGUUUCACGGAUCGCCAGAUCCAGAUUACUAUGGUUCGCCUGAAUAUAUCAUGCAUCGUGAUAUUGUAUACGUCUGCAUGGGAUACAGAUUACACAUAUUAGGACUAUUAAAUCUGAAUACAAAGAACUGCACGGGAAAUCAGGCUAUAAAAGACAUAAUCCUGAGUUUGAAAUGGAUCAAAGAGAAUAUUCACGUUUUCGGAGGCGAUCCAGAAAAUAUUACUUUGAUGGGAAGCAGCAGUGGGUCAGCAUAUGUCCAUUUGUUACUACUAUCACCUUUGGCAAAAGGUUUAUUCCACAAGGCAAUUCUCGCCGGUAUGUACAUUUUGAAUCCACUUCUAAUCCAUUCUCAAGAUUACAUUUUGACUGCUUAUGAACUCGCUAAGGAUAUGGGUUACAAUGGCGAAUUGGGAGAGAAUAAAAAACUGCUCAAUUUUUACAGGAAAUUAGACUUUAUACGAUUUAUUACAGCGCGAUCAGAAAAAUACUUGAGCCAAAGUACUCUUCGAGCUUUUCCUGCAUCGCCAUACAUACCUACAGUAGAUCCGACAGAAAAUUCUCCCAUUCCUAUAUCACCCGACAAACUAGCCCCUUCAACCAAUCGCGUACCAAUUAUAAUAGGAUUUUGUGAAAAAGAAGCUGCAAUGGGCGUCGCUUUCUUUCCAUCGAAUCAGUCUAUAGCUGACGUUUUUCACACAGCCAUAAGUCAAAACUGUUGGGGAUGGGGAGCUGAUUUGAACACAGAUGAACAAAAACAAAUACAGAAAGAAGUGGAGGACUUUUAUUUAGGAGGUCAAUCGAUAGAGACUGCAUCUAAACCUCUCUUAUGUGAUAUUAUCACAGAUGCAGGUUUAUCAGACGUUUACGACUCUUUAAUCAAUGUCAUAUCGGAAGAUGUUUCGUCACCAGUGUAUGUGUAUAAUUUUCAUUACGAUGGUAAAUUAGACUGGGGUAAGAAAAUGAUCAAAGAAUCCUCCAAAUUGGAAAUGCAAGGAGCAAGCCACGCAGCUGAUUUCGGUUACUGGUGUUACAUGGAAAUGGUCGCUGGUAAACAAAUGACUCAAAUAAAUCCAAACGAUCGAGAAAUGAUAGAAACUUAUGUAAAUCUGAUGACAACUUUCGCUAAAACCAGCAAUCCCAACUAUAAAGGAAUCGGUGUCAAUUGGAAACCAUCAAAUCCCAAAAAUCCCAGUCAUCUGAUCAUAAACGAACAACUAAAAGUUGAAAAUGAGCUUUUGAAUGGCGCACGAAUGGAGUUCUGGCACAAGUUAAAAAGGAAAUUCAAGAAAUGACUGUAACAAUUUGUAAAUACAAUUUAUUUAGAUGCACUUUUAUUUUCAAAAGCUGCAUUCAUAUAC